AUCAUCAUAGAUGGAACUCCAAAUUCAAAGGAAGAAGAAGAAGAUAAACAAGUAAUAAAAAACCAAUUCGAUUGUUCUCUGAAACCUCCAUCAGAUGUUGCAUUGCCAUCACCACACGCUUUCUCCUCAGUUCUUCCCCCUUUCUCUCCACCACCACAGCCCUUCCUUUACUCGCACCUGUUUCUACAAACCCACCUCUCUAUUCUCCUUCUCAGCGCUUCCUCGUCCCAGACCCGACCUAUGGUUCGCCCAGCUCCCCGACCCAGCAACCACAACGGCACCCAUUACUCCACCAGAAGAGGGUGGUCCCAUAGAGCUCCCACUAUCGUCUCCUUCCAUUUUUGCUACUACAGAUGACCCUUCUCCUCUCCAGGUGGCUACUAGCGUCCUCCUCACUGGAGCCAUUGCUGUCUUCCUCUUUCGCUCUAUUCGUCGCCGAGCUAAGCGUGCUAAAGAACUGAGAUUCAGGUCAUCAGGAGCAAAGAAAACAAUGAAAGAGGAGGCGUUAGAUAGUUUGAAAGCAAUGGGAUCAGCUUCAAUUGAUGCUAAGAAGCCUCCUUCACCAGUUCAGGCAUUUUUAGGAGGAAUAUCAGCAGCAGUGAUUGCACUUAUACUCUAUAAGUUCACUACUACCAUUGAGAUAGCUCUUAGCCGCCAGACGAUGUCAGAUAAUUUCUCUGUUCGUCAAAUAACAAUAACAAUCAGGACAAUUAUAAAUGGGUUGUGCUAUCUUGCAACAUUCGUUUUUGGCAUCAAUUCUGUUGGUUUAUUCCUUUACUCUGCGCAGCUUGCCAUCAACUCUUUCAUGGAAGAUUCUACUAGUGAAGAAAUUGAAAGUAAAGGCAAUGAGCAGUCUGGUGCACUGAAUUCAACAACUGAGAGUCCUGCAGGUAGUGCUGAAUUGAACAGCAGCCAGAGAGAUCAAAAUCCAGAUAAUUCACAGUAGUAAAAAGGGGCAUCAAGAGAGUAGGUCUCUGUCCUCCUAACUCAUUUGUAUUUUGAGGGGGGAACAAGGGAAGGGCGUAAUCAAUUUUGGUCUUGCAAUAAUAAAUUAUAAUCAGGUGUAGUAAUGCUAUUAAUUUUUCAAUUUUUUUUUAAUUGUUCCAUGCACAACUUUCUAUGCAAUUAUUAACUUAGGGUUAUAAAGGAUGCAUAGUUUAUAGCAGCUGCUAUCGAUAACCUUGUACCAUAUUGUUGAUGUCCUGCUUCUGCUUUUUCAGCAGAUAUAAGCUACUGGAGGAACUUCAAAAUAAAUUACAUCAAUUUCGGUCAUUGCCAUUUUCCUGAAUUUACUACUUUGAGCUUUCGUUUGUAAGCUGUCCCUUGCAAGUUCAAAUCAUUAUUCAUGCAAUUUGAACUAAAAACUCAAAUUCAAGUCAUUGGAUUUAAAUUUUCCUGCCAUUGCAACAUAAAAAUUGUCAGCAUCUAUAUUUUCAUGAUGUAUGCUUUUCAAUUAUGAACUUAAAUAUGUUUCUUGUUUAUCAUUAGGUAAGUAAUAUUUCUUGCAAGAUGCUUCUUGUGAAAAGCUACGAAACCUUGUGCAUUCAAUGCAAGAACUGGAAAUUGAUCAUUUUGGUUUCUGCUGCAAGUUCUUUUUUACUUGCUUCUGCAUCUGAUGAAAAUGCACUCAAUUUAAUUGAUCCUAACAUGCUUGUGGUUGAUAUUAUUUGUUGUACUGCUGAAGAUUUACUAUCUUUACCAUGUGGAUUUCAUUAUGCACCAUUACACAUGCAACUGCAGUUAUUUCCUUGCCUAUCUUCCUGAACAGGUUACCACUGCUGAUUCAAAUUGAUGCAGAGGGUUCGAAUUUGUCAGCGUUAAAAUCACCCCGAUAACCAAGGAAGCUACAAGCUUAAGACGGUAGCCACUCAUGAUCAGCAACCCAACUGGCUCUAAAAACUACAUCAAAACAUACUUUUCUCUCUGUCCAACAAGUACACGUUUUAGCCAAAUGCCCUAUGUAGUGGAUUUGGUUAAACAGCAAAAUGACGACUCUGCCAAACUUGUAUUUCCCCAUUCAUAUGGACUAAGUUACUGCUAGUAAGAUUACAAUGAUUAAGCAUAUGCAUAUGAUUUGCUGCGUAGUUAUCCAUGUGAUGGUUCGGAGAAUAAGCCUUGGCAAACUUCAAAACUUAGGAUUUUUCUCCAUGUUGAGGAUGGAUUUUAGGAACUUGGAUCCAACUCAUGCCAGAGAUCCCACAUGAUUCAACCUCAUUCAAUUAUCCAUGUACAAAUAAUAGCACCAGAAAUUACAUUUCCUAAUGCCAAACUUUUCCUUCCAAAUU